GGGGUUUAUGGGCCUUAUAGGAGCACUGUGUGCUGAAGGGAGGCAAAGAAAGAGCUACAGAAUUUCUAGAAAGUCAUUAUAGUUGCUUCUGAAUAAUUUGUUUUUCCUGGUAACCUAGCAGUCAAAGCUCACAUUUUUGGACAAUGAAUCCUUCUUCCCAGGACACCGGCUCUGGCGGCAUUCCUGAAGAUAGAAAGCUUUAUGUUGUGGAUUCCAUAAAUGACUUAAACAAACUAAACCUCUGUCCUGCCGGAUCGCAGCAUCUGUUCCCUCUAGAGGAGAAAAUCCCGGACGUCGGCACUAACUCAGGAAAUGGAAACCACAGUCUGUUUUUGGUGGGGCUGAUCAUCGUGCUGAUUGUCAGCCUGGCACUGGUUUCCUUUGUGAUAUUUCUGAUAGUUCAAACUGGCAACAAGAUGGAAGAUGUGUCAAGAAGACUAGCAGCUGAGGGAAGGGACAUAGAUGAUCUUAAGAAAAUCAACAGCAUCAUUGUAAAGCGACUCAACCAACUGGACUCUGAACAGAACUAAAGGAAUGAUCUUCCAAGAGCAACUGCUAACACCUGAGCUUCUCGCUGUCCUGGGAGGGUACAGGGUUAAGAACCGACCAAGGGCAUAUCUGUAGGCAACAAAAGGCCAACUUUCCACUACAGGGAUGGGAGCAGCUCC